AUGCUAUGUCCCAUCUCCAAAAAAGUUGAUGUAGAAGCCUGCAAUGUGGAGAUGAAGAAAAAUGAUCUAGAAAUAAAACAGCUCAUGAUGCAAGUCAAAGAACUGGAAGUUAAACUUAUACGAUCUCAGAAA